AUGUACAAGCCAAGGUCAUGUCAAUGUUCCAUUCAACAACUAUUAAAUGACCAGGAUAAAAACAGUGUAUUAAGGAUAACACAAGCAGAAAAGAAAUAUGCUGAAAACAAUACUUUUAUUGUUUAUAUCAUACAAACAAAAGAUAUGAAAGAAGUCAAGAGACGUUAUAGUGAAUUUGAAUCUCUUAGAAAGUCACUUACUAAACUAUAUCCAAUCCUGUUGAUACCACCCAUACCCGAGAAGCAUACACUAUCUGAAUACGCACGAAAAGAUGAAAAUGCUUCAAUGAUUGAUAAACGGAAAAGGAUGCUUGAAAGGUUUUUGAAUAGAAUAUGCUCACAUCCCAUUUUAAGACAAGAACAUGUAUUUCAUCGUUUUAUCCUCGGAAGUGAAAAUUGGAGCGAUGUAUUACACUCUCCUCCACUUUCUGAUUUACCAAAAGAUCCAUUAUCGACCCAUGAUUAUACAUCACUUACAAAUACCUCGGUUAUGCCAAUACCCUCAUCCUCAUAUAUCCUUAAACAUCCACAACCAGAGUUUGAACAAUCAGAGGCAAAAGUGGAUAAAACAGCACAGGAUAAAGGAUACAAAUUGGACAAAUCUCAGAAACGCAUCUUGAAGAGACUUGCUGACCUAUCCAAUGAUUAUUCGGACUUGGGAUCAGGAUAUAAUGCACUAAGCUUAUAUGAACCCUCUAAUUUAUUAUCGAGUUUUAUCGAAAAGCUUGGUCAAGUUAUUGAUGACUCUUGUGCAUCCACAAAGGAUAUGGUAAAGCUAUUGGAAAUUGAAUGCUCUGAGCAUAUACAAGACUAUGCUCAAUAUAUACACAUUACCAAGCAAGUACUACGCUAUAGACGUAUGAAGCAAGCUCAACUAGAGCUGAUUGAAGAAACAUUAACUCAAAAGAAGGUCACCCUUGAAGGACUCCUACGCAUGCAAGAUGAAUCAAAUAAGUUGAGAGCAGGAAUGGAUCAAUUAUCAAUCUCAAAGGAUAACAAUAAUAAUAAAGAUGAUGAUGAAGAAGCACAGGAAGAAGACAUGGACGAUUUUCUAGAUACUGAAUCAAUAGAAGAUGGGUUUGCUGCCAUUAUCAAAGAAGAUACAGGGAAUCAUGGUAAAAAGCAACCGAUAGAGAGUUAUGAAUACCCUGAAAAUGCUUCGUUAUCAACAUUGAAAGCAUCCAAAGAACGAAGCAAGAAAUGGUCUUCAACAAGAAAACUAUUUUCUGCCUUUACCUUUAAAUUUCAAGGCAUGAUAGAUGCAGAUCCUGAACAGACACGACGAAAUCAGAUACAAAAGCUAGAGGAAAUUAUUAAGCAGUUGGAAGAAGCAAAACAGAAAGUAGGUCAGGAUCUUGUAGAAAUGUCCGAAAUGUUGAAACAAGACCUGGAAAGAUUAAAGACACAACAGGAUUCAGAGUUAAGGUCAAUUUUGAUAUCCUUUGCAAAGAUCCAUCUGACUUAUUGUGAACAGGGGGAUUUCGCUUAUAGAAUAUGA